AUGGAAGCUAUAAGCGGUAAUCCAAACGAACAGAAGAAGGCCAAGCAUCGAAGAGGACAUAAGGAAAGAAAAGCUGAAGAGGAGAAUUUGAGAAAAAUGAAAGAGCAAAGCUUAAGGAAAAAGAAAGAAGCGGGAAUGAGAAUGGAGGACGAUGAGGACGAACCAAAAAAUGCACCCGAUGAGGAAGGCUAUGAAUCAGAUAGUGAUGAGAAAAGAAAACGAAGAGGAGAGAGCCGAAAAGGAAGACGUCCUGAGAAAUUGAAAACGUCUCGGCUUGUUGAUGAGGCUUUUCAGAAAGCUGCAAAACUGGUUCCUCAACAAGUACGGAGUGAUAGCGCAGCACACUCUCCACCAGAAACCCCGAAGGAGAAAAGGUACUUCAUUUGGAACCUAUCCUUGGCUCCACGUCAGUUGUGA